AUAUCGGAAUAAAGAGAGAACGGUGCAUAGAGAUCUCUUGUGUCUUUAUCUAAUCGGGUAUGGCAUUAACGUCGGUCGUUGAUUAAUGUUAUAAUUACACAUUUAUUAUACGAAUGUUAUUAGACAAGGACAUAAGAAAUCAUUAUGCGGCGUUUUCUUUCUAUUCCUAUAUCGCUUGUUCAGCUCGGUCACGCACUCUAUCUUUAUAUCUCUAUACUAACAACACAGUUAAUCAACAAAUACUGUUUCCUAUUUUCAUUACGCAUAAAGAUUACUUUUGCAUUAAAAGACCUCAAUUUGCUUUAAUAUUGUGCAUAUUAUACAUUAAGGACAAUGUCUUAUCAAUUAUAUCGAAACACAACAUUAGGUAAUACGUUACAAGAAAGCCUCGAUGAGCUCAUUCAGUAUGGGCAAAUCACACCUCAGUUAGCAAUUAAAGUACUAUUACAAUUUGAUAAGGCAAUAAAUCAAGCACUUGCAGCCAGAGUCAAAUCACGACUUAUAUUUAAGGCUGGUAAAUUAAACACUUACAGAUUUUGUGACAAUGUAUGGACCUUUAUGCUUAAUGAUGUUGAAUUUCGUGAAGUUCAAGAAAUUGCAAUAGUAGAUAAAGUUAAAAUUGUUGCAUGCGAUGGGAAAACAUUGGAUGGAGAUGCAGCAGCAAAGCGAUAAUAUCUCUUUCUUAUACAACUAAAUAUAUCAUUAUUAUUAUAUUAUACUAGUUAUAAAGAAAUUUCAUUAUAUAAUAUAUUAUAAUUUUAUAAUAAUUCAAAUAAUAGAUAGUAAACAAAACAAA